GUCAUUUUUUGAGAUUUGACAGAGAUUUGAGAUGCAUUUGAGCAUUUGAGUCUAUGAUUGGUCUAUGAUUGAGUUUUCGUGAAGAGCGAAUUUCCAUUAGUUAUUUUAGGAAAAGCCAAAAUUUUCACGUGAUAUUUUCCAUAAAAAUUGUAACAGUCAUGUCCACUUCGAAAUCCAGCACGUCGAUUUGUAGCAAAUUAGGACUUAAACCAAUUACAUCACAAAAUUUGCUUUUUUAUUAUGCACCGGCACAAGGAAUUCUCAGUUACACAGCUUUAUCAGUAAAUGUUAUGAACCCAUCUUUAGUAUUGAGGAUAUUUCCAAAAAGGGAUAUCACCAACAUACUAUUGUUUAAUACACUUGUUGGUUCUGGGUUAUAUUUAUAUAACAAACCCCAUUUAAGCUCGUUGUCCACCAAGGAGAAAGUGUUAUAUAGUGCGUUUGGUGCUGCUACGUUCUCAUUAGGUUCAGUAUUAAUCUGGGCAAUUAUCAGAAGUGUAGUACCUGAAAACGUUGCUCUUUGUACAGCAUGCGGAGUAGGAUCUGGGCUCGCAUUGAUUAAAAUUGGCAAAAGCUAUGUAGAAACAGUAGACAGUUUGGUCCCUAGUAAACCAUAAGCUAUGUAUUUAUUGUACUAAUUGAUAUUUAAUAAUUUGUUAAACAUUAUUGUAGUCAUCAGUACUGUGUGAUUAAUAAAGUUGAUUUUUUAUUUUAGA